AUGAAAUUGUUAAUAGCGAUUCUCCAACUCAGACUUGAAGGUUCCACAAUGUCUAGUAAUAGCCGCAAACGACGUUUGUCAAUACCUGUCCAACUCAACUCCAAAACAAAGCAUGUAGCAAAUGAUGAAGAGAGCGAUUCAUCGGAACAAGGACAAGAUAAGCAAAGGAGUCCAUCGCCUCUACCUGGUGAACCAUCAAUGGAACUACCUGAGGGUUUGCUCCAGACAUUUUACAAGACCCCGGGAGCACUUUUGAUAGCUGGUCAUGUGUCAUGGGAUUUGGUUGCGAAGAGAGACAGUAAUCCAACUAAACGCACCCAUCCCAAUCUCUAUACUUUUCACAAGUUUACAGAUAGAAAGUACCGACUAAUAGUAAGUGGCUGCAGUGCUGGUCACUCCAUCUUGAUAUCUGAAGAUGGAAAUGCAUAUACAUUUGGACGCAAUACAUUUGGACAACUUGGUUUCGGAGAUACUACAACUCGUAACGUCCCAGAAUUGGUGCCCACCCUGGAGGGCUUGAACAUUAUCCAUGCGGCUGUAGGCAGAAAUCAUUCUUUGUUUGUGACAGGUACGGGAACCGUUUACGCAUGCGGUGAGAACAAGUGUGGACAAUGCGGCCUUGGCCACACCACGGCGGAGAUACUUGUGCCCACCAGAAUAAAAUAUACAGGAGCUCCGAUUGUGAAAGUGGGAUGUGGUGCCGAAUUUUCAAUGAUAUUAGAUUGCAAUGGAGUUCUGCAUUCAUUUGGCUUGCCUGAGUUUGGUCAACUAGGUCACAACACUGACGGCAAAUAUUUUGUGACUUCCACAAAACUAUCCUACCAUUUCCAAACUGUACCUAAGAAGAUAGAAUUAUUCUUUGAGAAGUCCAAGGACGGGCACAUGACGCUAGUUGAUGACGUCAUCAUUGUGGACUUUUCUUGCGGGAAUAAUCACACUGUGGCUAUAGAUUCUAAAAAGCGGGCCUUCAGCUGGGGUUUCGGUGGGUUUGGCCGCCUCGGACAUGCUGAACAAAAGGACGAGGCUGUGCCGCGUUUGAUCAGGUUCUUUGACUCGCAGUACCGUGGUGUACGCUCUAUUCACUGCGGCUCUACUUAUAGCCUCGCUGUAAACGAACAUGGUGUGCUUUAUCUCUUUGGUCAAACCAAGCGCACCGGAGAGGCCAACAUGUAUCCAAAGCCGGUCCACGAUCUGUCUGGUUGGUCCAUUCGUAGCGUGGGAACGAGCAACACCUCCGUGGUUAUUGCUGCCGAUGACACUGUCAUUGCUUGGGGUGUGUCACCAACUUAUGGGGAACUGGGACUGGGCGAUAUACACAAAUCAACAUCUAAACCCAAAGAAGUGACCAAAAUGGAGGGACUGAAUAUAACACAGGUGACGAUGGGUUUCUCCCACACUUUGUUGUUAUGCGACAACUCCACGGAAGCUGUACAACAGAAGCUAGCUACAAUACCGACUUUUAAUCCUUAA